UCAGAAUUCAAACACACUGCCAAGGGAGCAGACACACACUUUGGGGGAAUCGGAAUACAUAUUUUACAUGCGGGAAAAGUAAUACAAAAAGAAACAAGAGGCCAAGAUGAGUAUGACGGAGAUGUUGCGUGGCAAGAAGAAGCCGGAGGAGAAGGUGAAUGCCAUAAAGAUGGCACUUCAUGAUUUCUCUAGUGUGCGGCUCAUACAAAUUGGCUGUGUAAUUGAUGUGGUGGCCGAGUCGAUAGAACGCGUUAAGAUCUCAAUGAUAUUGCCGAAACUCUUGGAUAAUCCCACUUUUAUGGCCAAGAUCCUCCGGGGCACCAAAUACGAGCAUGCUGUCAAUCUAGUCGAUUCCUUUGUGCGUCGCCGUGAAUUCAUACUGAAGGAGAAACGUCCUCCCCUGAUGGACCAUGGCAUGAUCAAGAUCAUCGACUACUUCCAGCGGAACAAUCAGAUGUACAAGCUGUUCCCCACGUACUACAACAAUAUGAGGGAGGACGAGAAGAAGCUGCUGGUGGCCUUCGAGAUGCUCUUCGAUUUGGCCAAAGAGCGUUUGUAUCGCACAUCGGCGGAUGUCAUUGCCCAGGAGCGGAAGCUGCAUGCCAUGUAUCUGGAGAAUGAGACCAUCAAAACUAAUGUUGAUAUCCUCAAGAAGAAAAUCCACUCGCAGAAGAUGACACUCAAGUGGAAAAUGGCCGCCAAGGAGGCGUAUCUCAAGAAGUAUGAGGACAUGUUGGCCAAGAAAAAGCGCGAGAAAAACGAACGAAUACAAAAUGAAAUUGACAAGUGCACUCGGAUCGUAAAGAAGAAUCAAAAGGCAAGCCUGGAAAAGCAGUUGGAGCUCGAGGCAGAGCUGGAGAAAGAUCGCCAUAUCUAUGAGCAGACAACCAAACAGAAUCGAGCUAUGGAGAUGGAGGCACGCGAGGAAAAAAACAAACUUCUGCUCCAACUUCAAGGCCUCAUCAAGAAGUACGAUCACAGUAUACGCGACAAAAUGGUCGAGAACUUGGAUCUCAGCGAUCAAUAUACCAAAGCCAAAAAGGAGCUGGACGCCUUUCUAGUCGGGCAUCGCCAGAUUGAGCGGGUGUACAAGGAGGUGGUGGUGAAGCGCGAGGACCAGGAGCGUCGCGCUCGCCAGAAUCGCAUCAUGAACUUUACAAUGAAUCGUGCGGCCUCCAAGAUACAAAAGUACUGGAAAAAAUGGAAGAAGGCCCUACAGAAGAAAGAAAAACAACUCAAGCGCAGCAAGAAAAAAUAACUCGCAAAUUAUUCGUUUCUGAAAAUUUAAAAAAUAUUUAAUAAGUUGAAAUUUUGAAAAGUUUAGAACCGAAAUACACGAGAUAUUUGGCAAUCAUUGUAAUAUUUGCCGUCAAC